CGUGUACAGGCAGGGCAGGCAGAGGGAACUGCGUGUGCACUAUGCUUCACAUCCAGGCACGAGGUUCACUUUUCUGCGCUGGAUCAGGCCUCCUGAGUGAAAUGUCCUCACCUGCAGGUCACCUGGUGGACAAGGGCUUAGAGCGUGAGAAAGUUACGUCGCCCAGGAAAGACAGAACAAUCCCAAAGGGUCGAGGAGCCAGAGAAGCGGUCCGGAAGCAGGCUUUCACACGCUGGAUCAACUCGCGUUUGAAAAGAUGGGACCCUCCGCUGCAGGUGGGCGAUCUGUUUACAGAUGUUCAGGAUGGAAAGAUUUUGAUGGCUCUGAUAGAGGAACUGUCAGGCUGUAAGAUGCUCGACAGGUUCAGACCAUCUACCCAUCACAUCUUCACCCUCAGCAACAUUGCUAAAGUGCUGGAGUUCCUGGAGGACAGAAAUGUAAGAGUUGUAAACAUAGACGCCACAGACAUCGCUGAGGGACGGCCUUCGGUCAUUCUCACCCUGAUCUGGAAUAUCAUCGUUUACUUUCAGUUAAAGGAAGUCACAGGAAAUCUAGAGAGACGCUUUUCUUCCAGUGUGUCCAGCCUAGUGUCUCUGACCGACAGUAGUGACUCGGCCCGCAGCUCUCCAGCGCCCCCCAGUGAAGACCCCUGCAGCACUCUCCCAUCAAAGAGGAAAAGAACACCCGGCCGGCCCAAAUACUACCGCAGCAGGUCCAUCAGCACGCUGCUGAGCUGGACCCAGACCUGCACAGCACAGUAUGGUGUGGAGGUCCAUGACUUUGGGAAAAGCUGGAGGAGCGGGUUGGCGCUUCUGGCGCUGGUGAAGAGUGCCAGGCCUGAGCUUGUGGACAUGAAAGCAGCUCUGACCUCCAGCCCCAGAGAGAACAUCACUCAGGCCUUCAGAGAAGCACAGCACGGUCUGGGAGUCCCACCACUACUGGAACCUGAGGAUGUGAUGAUGCGUUCUCCAGAUGAGCAGUCCAUCAUCACCUAUGUGGCUCAGUUCCUCCAGCAUUUCCCAGAGAACAGAGAUGUUCAUGUAUCAACGCUGAGUCUGGAGGAAUAUAACCCCAGGGGAGUUUGUAGAUAUUCUUCAUUGUCCUGUUCUUCACUGGGAGAACCUGAUUUCUCUUCGCAGCAGUUUGAUAUCUCCUCCUCUUACGGAGGCCCAAAGUCAGCUGGUGUAUUGAAUGGUGGUUCAGCAGUGGCUGAGAAAUCCAGCUUCUCAAAUGGACAGUUCCUCCACACUUCCAUUGAGGGGCACUGUUGGACUUCCUCAGCCCAGAAGCUGAGCCUUUCAGUGAGUAUGGAGGAUGAUGAUGGAGGCCUAUCAGAUGGUUCAGAGGAAGGCAUAAACAUUCUGCCUGAGCUGGAUUCAGAUGAGGAAGAUGCAUACAAGUACAUUCUAGAGCUGGAUCAUGAAGAAUUUAAGCUUCAUAAUGAGCUCAAAUCUAGUCCAACCAUCAAUUCUCAAAAAGCCCAUCACAUAUCAAGUGAUUUUCAUCAAGCAGAUGAUGAAAGGCACCAUUUAGAUGGAAAGAGUCACCAUUUAGGUCCAUUCUUGGAGAUACAGAAGCAAAGCCACCAACCCUGGUCCGAAGGCUGCAAAGAAACAUCUGAGGAACAUCCAAAUCUCUGCACCCUGAAUAACGACCUAAAUAUUAACACGUCCCACGACAACAAAACCUACAAAGACAAACAUCACAACACAGACAGGAAUGAAGGCUUUGAGUCCCGGGUUUGUGAGAGAGAUAAGAGUUUGGAUAAAGUCAGUACAUCUUCAAGAGAAGGUGGUCUUCACAAUGUUAUCUCCAGUGAUAGCAUGGACAAUCAGUCACUGUCGGCAGUGAAGAGUUUAAGAGAAAAUGCACUCAGAAAGGAAGAAAUACUCCAUGAAAUUAAGAGCCAGGAAGCUGAAGAUCAUCCUCAACCAGGAAACUUUAUGCAACAGACUGGUUUCAGCUUCAUAGUGGAGGAACUGGAGAUGACUGCAACCUCAGAAACAGCAAAGGAUUUGAGUAUCACUGUGCAUGAAGACACUAUAAACUCUGAGACUGAGGUGCUGCACACGGUUCUGAUGCUGUGGAUUCUCACCUACUGUAUCUUCAUGCUGCGUCAAUUAGAGAUUUUGGUGCUUUUUUAGGUAGAAAUUACUCAAAUUACUCAAAAACGAACAAGGACACUUACAUGAACUUCCAUCCUGUACGACCUGCAUCAGUUUUGUGCUGUGUGAAGGUGUUCGAGGGCUGGACUUCUGGAACUACAGCAGGAGAUACUGUAACAUGAGGGAACCAUUUAGGAAUGACCAGUUGAUUUUAUUAUAAGCGUAAUUCCAUGUCAGAUUACAUCCACUGCAGGCUCUAUAUUGUGCUUGUAUUCUCCCAUCUCAUUAAACACUUUCAGCAGACUA